AAGAGAGAGGGUUUACCGUCUCAUGCUCUUUAGGUGGCGUCUCUAAAGCCCUAAGCCCGCGGGCUCCUCUUCGCGCUCUUUCGUGUCCCUUCCGUCGCCUCACUGCAACUCAACGGAAAAACGAGAUGCCACGCACCAUAGCCACGGAGCCACCAGGCUGCUCCCCAGUCCGGGCCAUCACUUCCGACGUUUUGGGUCUCCUGAAAGUUGUACAGUCUCAGGGAGAGAAACAGAAACACCAGGUUGUCGAUACGUGGGGUGCCCCUGAUCCUUCCCGGUGCGUGCUCGCUGCGUCUGUUGCCAACCACCCAGGGAAUCCGUUGGUCGCUGUGGCAAGGAAAAAUGGUGAGAUUGAGAUACUCAAUGCCUGUGACGGGACAAUUUGUGCUUCAAGAAAUAUUGCGGAUUCUGAUGACAAGGAGCAUCCCAAUAGCUCGAAAGUGGAAAGUGACCCUGUAGUGGGGUUACAUUUGCUAAAAAGGAGAUCAAAUAUGUUUGCUGCAUGCACGGAGAAAGGAAUUGCAAGUUUAAAUUACAUUCAGGGUGGUGAUACUGCAGAGGUCAAUAGUCCAACAGUGUUGAAGUUAUGUAACUCUGGAAGCAUUAGCUGUUUUUCAAUCGAUGGAAGUGAGACUCAUUCGGCUGUUGGAGGGAAGGGCGUUGAAGUUAGCCUUUGGGAUCUCAAUGCAUGUACCAAGAUAUGGACAGCCAAAUCUCCCCCACUUAAUAGUCUGAGAAUAUAUACGCCUCCAUGGAUUACCACUCUUACAUUUCUUGAGAAAGAAGACCAUAGGAAGAUUGUGACUGGGACCUGUCAGCAUCAGGUUCGCCUUUAUGACAUUGCUGCCCAAAGAAGGCCUGUUCGUACAAUUGAUUUUAGGGAAUCUCCAAUCAAAGUUGUUACUGAAGACCCAGAUGGAUUUACUGUCUAUGUUGGAAAUGGAACUGGUGAUCUUGCUUCCUUUGACAUGCGGACAGGGAAAAUGAUUGGUUCCUUUGUUGGUAAGUGUUGUGGAAGCAUAAAGUCUAUUGCAAGACAUCCAGAGUUGCCAGUCCUUGCUUCUUGUGGAUUGGAUCGGUAUUUGCGUUUAUGGGAUGUAAAAACACGUCAACUUUUGGAAGCAGUAUUUCUCAAGCAAGUACUCACAAAUGUGGUGUUUGAUGCCUCUUCUGUUCGGCAAGGUGUUUCAUCUCCCAAGCCAAAUGAAGAAUUGGCCACAAAUCAGACUGAGGAGGUAAAGGAUACAAACGGCUCCAAAAGAAGUUCAGCUACGCUAAAUAGUUUGGAGCAUGAUGAGAAGGGUUCCAAGAAAGCCAAGUUAAAGAAGAAGAAAAGGGUGGAGAAUGCAACAUGAGCCUUCUUUAGAUGUUCGUUUGGCCAAACGGUAAAAGACUUCGUUACAAUUAUUUAAGCCCCGGCAAAAUGUAAUGCAAUAUUUUCUCAAAAUGGAGAAACUGCUAUCAGGAUGGAAGACCCCAGUGUGCUGGACUGAAUCCAGAAUUGUUUUCUGGAUAAACCUGCUGUACCUCUCUUCACUUUUCAGGCACUGUAAAACUUCAAAUGAAGGCCUUUUAAACGCCUGAGGAGGUCCGAGUGCAAGGUUUACUCUGAUUGUGAUUAGAUCACUGGAAAAGAGAUUAAUUUUGUAAUUAUUGAAAUGUCUCGAAUGAGUUAAUUUUUCCAUCA